CUCACAACGAGUGGGACCAUUAAGCAUCAGUGUGCCCCAAGAUACAGUGGCUCAUGAACCAGAGAUAUGGGAUCCGAAGAUUUGCUAACAAUAAUCUUAAUGAUCAUGUUUACAUCGAAGAUCUGUGCUGGUCAAAACGAUAUAACCGUGUCCGUCUUCACUGUCACUUCUAAAAGUAUUUCAGUGCGCUGGAGCAGACAGUCUGAUGCAAACUCCUACAAACUGACCGCUACACCGAAAAAUUCGCGUGAACAGCCCGUGUUCACGCAGUUCAGCGGCAGCACGGUUAUGGGCUCCGUGAACUCACUCUCCCCGAAUACGGUGUACACGAUGCGUGUGGAGGCUAUGGAUAGCUCCGUGAACGUUCUCAGCAGCGCAGAGACCGAGGAGACAACAGCACCUGAGGUUCCUUCCAUUGUGCAGGCCUAUUCCAACCACAGCAACAGUAUCACAGUGGAAUUUGGCGAGGUGUCCGGUGCUACUGCAUACAUCCUGAGGGCAGAGAACAAUGAUGGGUUCUUUUCAGAGAGUGUGGUGUAUGGCUCCCCGGGUACCAUAUUCAACUUGAGUGCCUACACAGAUUAUACACUUACUGUCAUGUCAAGGAACAGUGGUGGCCAUAGCCAGCCCUCUUAUCCAGUCAAAGCCAGGACAGUGGUUGUAGCCCCAGCACUGCACUCUAUGUCUCCCACCCAGGACAGUAUUGUCGUGAGCUGGGAUCCUGUCAAACAUGCAGUUCAAUACACACUAUAUAUCAGCACGGAGGAAUCAGACACCUGGCUCCAGGUUAACACUUCCCAGACCAACAUGACAUUCAACAAUUUAGAUCCAGGGGUCACUUACUGCAUCAAGGCCACAGCCUGGGACCUAAAUAGCAUCCCUGGAGAUGACAUCACCAUCUGUCAGAUCACCCGUCCCCCUGUUCCUGCUGGUGUGCAGGUUUCAUUGACCCUGGAGAGAAUCAUGGGACUAGCUGUAUAUUGGGAGGCUGUGCGUGGUGCAAGUGUCUACUUUGCCCUGAGUUCCGUGGGGCAGAACUGUACCUCAAUGGGAGACCCGUUCUGCAUCAUUAGCCCUAUAGGCUGUAGUGAGAACCACACACUCACCGUUAUGGCUGAGAACCAAGCUGGCCCCAGCAGCCCAUCCCAGCCACAGGACCUACUAACCUUCCCCUGCCCUCCAGACUCAGUGGAGGUAAAUGAGCCUUCUGUAGGGAACUGCUCAGUGACAUGGACCAGUGUUCCAUGGGUGGAGUACUACAUGGUAUACGUAAACAGGGAUGAUGGAGCAGAGGAGCAAUGUAACACCACCAACACCAUCUGCUACUUCCACUGUGACUGUGGCUACACCUACAUGACUACUGUAUUUGUCUACAAUGCAGCUGGUGCCAGCCCUCCAGGACCAAUUCUCAACUACACCACUGUCCCCUGUUGUCCUCAGAAUGUUGAUGUCUCUCUUGUUUCGACUGAGACGCUGGAGGUCACAUGGUCAGCAGUACGUGGAGCAGAGCUGUAUGAGACAGUGGCGGCAGAUGAAUCAGACACACUGCACUGUAGUGAUACUGUGCCCAUAUGUGUUCUUUCUGACCUUACUUGCAACAGCCUGUACAGUGUUGUAAUCAGACCCUGCAAUGAGAUACGUGGGUGCAAUGACACUUGCACACCAAAAAAGCACGAAACAGCUCCAUGUGCUCCUGAGAUCCUGAACCUCACCCAGGUGAGCAGCUCUGUUGUUCAGGUAUCAUGGAGGGCUCCCAACAAACAAGCCAACUACACAGUGAAUGCUUUUGGCAGUGCCGGUAACCGUACUUGCACGUCCACCAGUGCAUCUUGUAGCAUCACCAACCUACCAUGCGGAGCCACUUAUGAGGUCAGCGUAUAUGCCACCACCACUGUGGGGAGUAGUUUGCCCAGCUAUAGUAUCCCUAUGGAAACAGGACCCUGCUGCCCCGAGACUCUCAGUGUGGAUCAGGUGACGCAGUCCAUGACCAGUGUGAAAUGGUCAUCACCCAAAGGAGGCUGGUCUUAUAUCACCUCACUGUCAUCACCACGUGGUCAUGCAAAGUGCCAUACCAUGGACACACACUGCUUAAUGGGUUGCAUCACUUGUGGCACCAGUUACAACGUCUCAGUGGAGGCCAUAAGCAUUACGGGGCACAAGUCCUUAUGCAACUAUCAUGGAUUUUCUUCCAGCACUUGUUGUCCUUCUGGUGUGAGGCUCUACCGGAUGGUCAAUAGCACACUGCGUGUGUCCUGGAGAGGUUCGGACAGUGUCAACGGGUACCUAGCCGAACUUUACGGCAAUAGUGCCAACUACACAUGCGGACCAGUACUGGGUGUCAGCUCAUGUGACAUUGACAGUGUACUGUGUGGUGACACCUACAGUGUUGUUGUUGCACCGCUGACACUCCAAGGUUCCAAAGUUGUAUUCUGCCCCAGGAAGUUAUAUUCUGUUACCUGUGUUGGCAACAGUCUUGGGAUGGUUAUGUAUCGUGGAAAAAGAAGUGUGGAGUAGCAGCUGCCAUUUCAAGGGUCUCUCUAUAAUUUGAAAGGCCAUUGCCAGAGGAAAAGAGGAAAUAUUCUUAAGAGUAGGGAUACGUUCUUAUAUAUAGUUUUGUGACUGUAAUUUUGAUUAUAUACAAGAUAGUUUAUG